AAAAAGAAAGCUCAAGAAAGGCAAGAAAAGCCAUUGGAGCUCUCACCUUAUGCAAAGAUUCCAUAUCCGCAGAGGUUCAGCGAGGAAAUCAAAAAGCAGCAGUAUUCCAAGUUCCUUGAUAUUUUCAAGAAGCUGCAAAUCAAUAUCCCGUUUACUGAAGCCUUGGAGAACAUGCCCAAUUACGCAAAGUUCAUGAAAGAUCUUCUAUCACGAAAGCGUAAGCUACAAGAAUGUGAGACAGUGACGCUGACAGAGGAAUGCAGUGCCAUUAUCCAGAAAAAGUUGCCUCCAAAGCUUAAAGAUCCAGGAAGAUUCAGCAUUCCAUGCAACAUAGGCAAUAUAGAAGUGAAAAAUGUUCUUUGUGAUCUCGGUGCCAGCAUCAACGUGAUGCCACUAUUUAUGAUGAAGAAACUGAGGAUCACUGAAGUAAGGCCAACCAAGACAAUAGUUCAACUGGCUGACCGCUCUACAAAGCAAGCUUAUGGCAUUAUUGAGGACAUACUGGUAAAGGUUGACAAAUUCAUCAUUCCUGUUGAUUUUGUCAUCCUUGAUAUAGAGGAAAAUUCUACUAUUCCUAUGAUCUUCGGAAGACCUUUCUUGGCAACCUCAAGAGCGCUGAUUGAUGUACCGAAAGACACUACACAGGAUGCUGAUAGAAAUGAUAUUGCACCCACUACUGAAAUUGAUGAGGAUUGA